AUGUCAGUUAAAGAUCAAUUUGAAAAUGAUCAAACUGUUAAUAGGGAUGAAUAUAACAAUCAACAACAUCUCACCCAGACCACUCUUCUUCUUCAGAAAAUAGCUCAAAAAAAUGAGCAUAAACCUACCGGCCAACUUAUUAACAACCUAACCCAAAAAAUGCAACAGAUGGCUAUCAAUUAUGAAAAAUUAACAAUCACACUUGCUGAAUUGAGUACUUUAACUGUAGUAAAGAGGACAUAUUGCUCGAAAUUGCUUUCUGACCAAAGUCAUAAUCCAAGAAGACCCUUUACAAGCCUAGAUAGAAAUAGACCCCAAUAUAGAAAUGUUAAUAUAUGUGAUAUUUACCUCCCCAAACCUGAAGAAGAGAUUUAUGCUAUUAAACAAUGUAAAGUACCUAAGGCAGAACACAGUUGGGAAGAUCAGCCUAUCCCAAUAGAGAUAACUUCCGAUGAACAAACUCCAAUAAUGUCUCAACCAGCUGUACUAAGAAGGAGAAGAGGACCUUUUAUAGUCAAUUUGGCACCUAAGUAUAAUGUUGCAAAAGACCUUUUAACAACUGAAGAAUCAAAUAUCACUAACAAUAAAUACAAUAAGAAAUCUAUAGUUGCUAAAUAUUAUGUCUGGAUACAAAAUAAUCCAAUUUUAGUAGUUUUGGAUUCUGAGGCUGCAGUGAUUGUAAUUGCAAAUGGCACUCAAGAACAAGCUCUAGGAAAAAUACCAAACAUGAAAAUGGCAGUUAGAAGUGUAAUAAUACCCACCAGCUUUCAGGUUAUUGAAAACCCUAAAGAAUAUUUAGAUAAGAGUGUAAAAGUACCUAUCCACCAAGCUAAAGAGGAUCAUUUAGUAGUAUCCCAAAAAUUAAAUAAAGAUGAUGAGAAUAACUUUUUCAAUAAUUAUAAAAAAGAAGAAACUAAAGAAGUAAAAAGCUAUUGCACUGAUAAUACAACAAAUAAUGAAGAUGAAGACCCUGUGAAUGCUGAUUUCUGGAAAAACACAUACAGCCCUGCUAUAUAUCUAAUGGCUAUUGAAGAAUUUCUAAUUCCUGAAGAGUCCUCACGUUAUAUUACUGAUGCUUCAUCUAAGGAUUCACAACCAUUACCAAACCUUUAUAUAAACUGUUAG